AUGUGUUCUCACAAGACUUUCAGAAUCAAGCAAUUUCUGGCCAAGAAACAAAAGCAGAAUCGUCCCAUUCCCCAGUGGAUUUGGAUGAAAACUGAUAACAAAAUCAGGUACAACUCCAAAAGGAGGCACUGGAGAAGAACAAAACUGGGUCUAUAAAGCAUU